ACUCACUUUGCUUUCGCCACCAAAUUUCUGUAUUCGUGUAUCCCUCUUAGAAACCUCAUACUCUGAGGCAUGGAUUCGUAUCGCCCUGCUGGCGACGAUCGUCGGCCUUAUCGAGACAGCGACUCAUACCGGCCCCGCCACUAUGACCCUCCUCCCCCGCCUUGGCCUCCGUCUAAUGGCGGCAAUGGGAUGUACUACUUCCAAGGCUCGCGCGACAGAGACCUCCCAGGAUCGUCUAGCUAUCGACCCAGACCUGACAAUCGUGGGGCGCGUUCUCAACCUCCACGACGGGACCAAGCUCGCAGGCCUCCGCCGGCUUUUCCCAAGACAGCAGCAAAUAGGCCCUUGAUGAAGCUUCGUCAAGACGACUCCACGGAUUCUUCCCUUACAGAUCCAAACUCGAACCCCAAGUCCAAGUUUCGCAAUGUCGACGAGCUCACUGAUAGUGAAGAAGAAGAAAUGGCGCAAUCCGAAGAUGAAGAGGUGGACCGGCCAGCCAACAAACGUGCGCGACUGAAUGGACCCGAACAUACCGCCGCACCUGUCGCACCAAAGUGGUCAAACCCCGAUCCAUACACCUCACUUCCUCCUCAAGCAGAGGCAACUGUCAAACGCGUUGAUGUUGUCAAGCUGAUUCGAAAAGCGCGCAUCGAUGGCGACCGUAGUCGCGAGGAAGUCAACAUAGCCGACGACUUCAUCUCUUUUGAUAGUGAGGAACAUAAGUCGACCGAGCAAUAUAUGUCUCUCGCGCCUCGUUUAAAUAUUCCGAUGGCGCCUAAAGUAUCGGCGUCUCAAGUAGAGAUCAGGACUACCGCUACGGGAAAGAGAAAGCGAGGUGCUUCUCUCGGUGAGGACGCACCACUGCCACGAUCCGACAACCAGAUUUAUGCCGAUCGUCAUGUGCAAGAACAGUGGAGAGCAACACCUGGAGUUGAUACGACGCCGUGGCUGGCAGCUCAUCCCCCUAGUGACAUUCCGUUGGUUGCUUUUCACAAAGAGAUCAUUGACUUCUACGAUUGGGUGAAGCCAAAGCCUCACGAGGAGGAUGUCCGUGACGAGGUUUUUCGACGCCUGAAUACCCUCCUGCAAAGUUUCAUCUACGGAGAACUCAGAGCGUUCGGAUCUUAUGCUGCUGGCCUGUACCUCCCUACCGGGGAUAUGGAUCUUGUUUACCUCACUCGCAACUUCAGACCUGGCCGGUUUUCUCCAGAAGAUUCGAGGCGACUCGUCUGGGACUGUGCCAGGUUUCUCAGGCAGAGGAACAUUGCUGAAGGAGUCAUCGUACCUAUUCCCAGGGCUAAAGUCCCAAUAAUCAAAUUUGUCGAUAGGGUCAGCGGCCUCAAGAUUGACCUUUCUUUCGACAACGAUACCGGCGUUGUUGCUAUUGACACAUUCCACAGGUGGAAGCAGGAAUAUCCUGUUAUGCCCAUAAUCGUGUCAGUGGUGAAGCAAUACUUGAUGAUCCGAGGGUUGAAUGAUGUUUCAACAGGUGGUUUGGGGGGCUUUUCGACUAUCUGUUUGGUCACCAGUCUGCUUCAACAUUUGCCAGUUCUUAAGGAGCCAACCAACCUGGGCGACGUCCUAUUACAGUUUUUCAACUACUACGGGAACCUCUUCGAUAAGAAUUCUGUGAUCAUCCGACUCGACCCCCCCGGAUAUUUGCACAAGGCGUCUCACCGUCCUCGGUUCGAUGAUAGAGAGUCGAGACGGCUUACUAUCAUGGAUCCACAUCGCGCGGACAACAACAUCUCAGGAGGAACCAAAGAAAUCGACAAGAUCUUCAAAUGCUUUUCUGAGGCAUACAAGGCCCUCACGAGUCGACUAUCCGCUUACGAAAGACGAAAUCCGCAGGCUCCUCAAACCAGCUUUUUGGAGUGUCUCAUUGGUGGCAACUUCACGCUUUACGAGUCACAGCGCAAGAAAUUGCUUGAUCUUUGUUCCGACGACCAUGAUUUAAUGGUGACGAACGAAAGAAAUGCGUCCAAGAUGUCUUAUCGACCGGCUGUUGUGAACGCACGUGGCGAACGGAACGUACGUUGAUAGUUGCUGUCCUACAGACGAGGAAGCUUGACGUGAUCUAGGGACAACCAAAUGAAUCUGAGGUUUCCUCAGAAAGAAUGCCCGCCCCGACGAAGACGCUCGUUAAAGGCGAGAAACGAGCGAAACGGCUCAAAGACUUACGGCCCGAGCUCGCACCAUCGAUACGGAACACUAUCAGCCUCAUAGAUGCUUUGAAGAUUGGAGGCUACAAAACACCGCAGGAGAUGGAACAUGACCUCCAGGUACGGGAAACGGCGGCCGCGAAAAUUGCAGCAGCCAAAGUCGAGUGACCAGACAGCAUUCAGGAGCAUUUGUCAGUUGAAUCACUCUCACGAGUUACCGUAUCACAAGCUGGCGCCCCAUUGCGCCAACAUUAUUCAGGACAGCGGCUGAGUGCCGCGUAUUGAUUACUGGCAAGUGAUCAGAGCAUCUUGACAGUCACAGUGUCUUGAGAGCUCCUGUGUCUCAGAGUGCCUGUCUUUUCAAAUCACACCCACUUGAAAAUGUUCUCUUCAGCAUUGAAUUCUUCCAUCCAGCCUAAUCUCGGCUCUGCGAUUUACU